GCACAGCACCUAUUUUUUUUGUCAUUUAUAAUUUUAUAACCUUAAAAGUGUAGGUAACUACAAAAUAAAAUAACUCAAAUUAAAUUAAAACUGAUUAAAAUGAAUUUGUUGCGGAAUGUAGCAAUUUUGUGCCAGCGUUCUCUUCCCAUCGUUAACGGCCAAGUGGUCAAUGUCGCUAAUAGACAUUUCCAUACAUCAAAAGCUCAUAAUGAUCUGAUGGAGUUUUUUGAUAACAAAAAGAACUGGGGAGAGAACAACAUCAGAGUGGGCAGAGCGUGGCGCCUAGAUGAGCUGCGCAUUAAAUCCAAUACAGAUCUACACAAACUUUGGUAUGUAUUGUUGAAAGAACGAAACAUGCUGUUUACCAUGGAACAUGAAUGUUAUGAACAAGUGAAGCUGUUCCCUAACCCUGAGCGUAUUGAUAAAGUACAAGAGUCCAUGAACAACAUAGAAACUGUUGUCCGCGAACGCAAUGUCGCAUACCACGAGCUGGAAACUGGCGAAACUGGGGAGCGAACUACAAAAGAUGUUGUCAACUUAUUUGGUCUUCCAGAAAAGUAUGAGAGGAAAGAAUACACUAUACCUAAGUUUAUGAACACUCGGUGGGUGAGGCCCUACCUGAAACAUGGACUUAUAAAUAGCUUUGCCGUAAAAAAGUUUUAUCGGCUUUACCAAGAAAAGCAGCACAAUGUUGAGCGAAGAUCUAGAAAUCGGGACUACAAUCAUGUUCAGCAAUUGCUAAAGAGAUUCCCUAAUAUGGAUAUAGCAAAGUUGAGAAUGGAUUACCCAGAUGUUGAUGUUGAAAAGGCAAUGCGCUCCAGGAAAUCCAGAGGACACUGUAUUCCUAAGUAUUAAGAUAUUUAAGUAUAAUAUGUAGUAUAAAUUGAUAAUAUAGGUUUUGAUUUUUAAACUA